AUGAACUCAGACCUUUUGCCGCCAAAGGUCUACCCGUACGAUGAGGUGCCUGAAAACAAAUCGUGGGCUGCCACUUUGCCAGUGGCCAAGGGCUUGUACAACCCUGACUUGGAAAAAGACGCCUGUGGUGUAGGUUUCACUUGUCACUUGAAGGGCCUGGCGUCUCACAAGAUUGUUUCGGAUGCUAAGAACUUGCUUUGUAACAUGACCCACCGAGGCGGUGAGUUGAACCCAAAAGAUGGUGACGGUGCCGGCUUGAUGUCGUCAUUGCCCCAUAAGUUCUUGAAAAGAGAGUUCAAGUACCAUUGCGACGUGGACUUGCCCCCUUUGGGCCAGUACGGUACCGGUAAUGUGUUUUUCAAAAAGGACGAGGCCGUGUACGAAAAAUCGAGAAACACCUUUGAAAAUAUCGCCUCCUCUCUUGGCCUUCGUGUUUUGGGCUGGAGAGCUGUUCCUCACGACUCUUCCAUCUUGGGGCCUGCCUCGCUUUCAAGAGAGCCUUUGAUUUUGCAGCCGGCCAUAGUGCUUGCUGACGUCUACGGCACCGAUGUGCUGCCAGAGGAGUUUGAAAAAACAUACAAGAAGGAUUUCGAAAAAAAAUUGUUCAUUUUGCGUAAACAGUCCUCCCACACCAUUGGUCUCCACAACUGGUUCUACAUCUGCUCGCUUAACGCCAAAACUAUUGUCUACAAGGGUCAAUUGGCCCCCAACCAGGUGUACGCAUACUACUACGAUUUGGCCAAUGCUGAAUUUGAGGCCCACUUUGCCUUGGUCCACUCUCGUUUCUCCACUAAUACCUUUCCUUCGUGGGACAGGGCUCAGCCGUUGCGAAUGGCCGCUCACAACGGUGAAAUCAACACCUUGAGAGGUAACAAGAACUGGAUGAGAGCUAAGGAGGGUGUCAUGUCUUCCGAAUUGUUCGGUGAGGAGUUGGAGAAGCUAUACCCUAUCAUUGAGGAGGGUGGUUCCGACUCGGCUGCAUUUGAUAACGUCUUGGAGUUGUUGGUGAUCAACGGCGUCCUUUCCUUGCCUGAGGCCGUGAUGACCAUGAUUCCAGAGGCCUGGCAGAACGACAAAAAUAUUGACAUGAAAAAGAAAGCAUUUUACGAGUGGGCUGCAUGCUUAAUGGAGCCUUGGGAUGGUCCAGCCUUGUUCACAUUCGCCGAUGACAGAUACUGUGGUGCCAACUUGGACAGAAACGGUUUAAGACCUUGCAGAUACUACAUUACCGACGAUGACAGAAUCAUCUGUGCCUCUGAAGUUGGUGUCAUUGACAUUGAACCAGAGAAGGUCUUGCAGAAGGGCCGUUUGCAGCCCGGAAGAAUGUUGCUUGUCGACACUAAAGAGGGUAGAGUGGUGGAUGACCGUGAGUUGAAGCAGUCUGUUGCCUCUAGAUUCGACUUCAAAUCUUGGGUUACUGCCAACAUGAUCACUCUUGAUGAUUUGAAAGCCAAAUUGGUUGCCAGAGAAAUCGACUUGGACCAUCAGAUCAAGGAGACUAAGGAUGUCACCGUGCAAACCGACCCAAGAUUGGUUGCAUUUGGCUACUCUCAUGAGCAAAUCCUCAACAUCUUGUCCCCCAUGGCUGAGGGCAAGGAGGCUCUCGGGUCUAUGGGUAACGAUGCUGCUUUGGCAUGUGUUUCCGAACAGCCCAGAUUGUUGUACGAAUACUUCCGUCAGCUAUUCGCUCAGGUCACAAAUCCACCAAUCGACCCUAUCAGAGAGGAGCUUGUUAUGUCCUUGGAGUGCUAUGUUGGUCCUCAAGGUAACUUGUUGGAGAUGAAACCAGACCAGUGUAACCGUAUGUUGUUGAAUUCUCCGGUCUUGUCAACUGCCGAGUUAAAUGCUAUCCGCAACAUCGAAAAGGUGUAUCCAAAGUGGGCUAUCACCACCAUCGACAUCACCUUCAGCAAGAGCGAGGGUAUCCAAGGGUACAUCAAUAAGAUCUCCGACAUCUGCCAGGAUGCUUCUAAGGCAAUUGCCGAAGACCGCAAAAUCAUCAUCUUGUCCGACCGUGCCACUUCUUUCGACAGAGUUCCAAUUUCUGCUUUGAUCGCCACAGGUGCUGUGCACCACCACUUGGUGAGACAGAAGCAGCGUUCUAAGGUUGCUAUUCUUCUCGAGACUGCCGAAGCCAGAGAAGUACACCACGCUUGUUGCUUGGUUGGUUACGGUGCUGACGGUAUCAACCCUUACUUGGCUAUCGAGACCUUGAUCAGAAUGAAAAACGAAGGUUUGUUGAAGAAGGACUUCUCUGAUGAGCAAAUUGUCAAGAACUACAAGUACGCCGUGGACGCUGGUAUUUUAAAGGUUAUGUCCAAGAUGGGUAUUUCCACAUUGGCCUCUUACAAGGGUGCUCAGAUUUUUGAAGCUCUUGGUAUUGAUAACUCCGUUAUCGACCGUUGUUUCGCUGGUACUGCUUCUAGAAUCAAGGGUAUUACCUUUGAAUACAUUGCUCAGGACGCUUUCUCUUUGCAUGAGAGAGGUUAUCCUUCGAGAGAAACCAUCAAGCCAGUGGCUUUGCCAGAAACUGGUGAGUACAACUGGAGAGAUGGUGGUGAGAAGCACGUCAAUGACCCUGCUGCCAUUGCUUCGAUGCAAGAUGCUGUCAGAAACAAGAACGAAAAGGCGUACGACGCUUACUGCAAGAAGGAAUAUGAAGCUAUCAAAAACUGUACCUUGAGAGGUCUCUUGGAUUUCGACUACGAGAAUGCUAAGCCAGUUCCAAUUGACCAAGUUGAACCAUGGACUGAGAUCGUUCGUCGUUUCUUCACCGGUGCCAUGUCUUACGGUUCUAUCUCCAUGGAGGCUCACUCCACUCUUGCUGUUGCUAUGAACAGAUUGGGAGGUAAAUCCAACACUGGUGAGGGUGGUGAAGACGCUGCCAGAUCCCAGGUCAAUGCCAACGGUGACACCAUGAGAUCUGCUAUUAAGCAAAUUGCCUCCGGUAGAUUUGGUGUCACAUCUUACUACUUGGCUGAUGCUGAUGAGUUGCAAAUCAAGAUGGCCCAAGGUGCUAAGCCUGGUGAGGGUGGUGAGUUGCCAGGACACAAGGUCUCUGAGUCUAUUGCAAAGACAAGACACUCCACUCCAGGUGUCGGUUUGAUUUCUCCACCUCCCCAUCACGAUAUUUAUUCGAUCGAGGACUUGAAGCAAUUGUUGUACGAUUUGAAAUGCUCCAACCCAAGAGCCAGAACUUCCGUUAAGUUGGUCUCUGAAGUUGGUGUCGGUAUUGUUGCUGCUGGUGUUGCCAAGGCUGGUUCUGAGAACAUCUUGAUCUCUGGUGGUGACGGUGGUACUGGUGCAGCUAAGUGGACUUCCAUCAAGUACGCUGGUUUACCAUGGGAAUUAGGUCUCGCCGAGUCUCACCAGACAUUGGUGUUGAAUGACUUGAGAGGCAGAGUCAUUUUGCAAACUGAUGGUCAAAUCAAGACUGGCCGUGAUAUCGCUAUUGCUUGUUUGCUUGGUGCCGAAGAGUGGGGCUUUGCCACUACUCCUUUGAUUGCCAUGGGUUGUAUCUUCAUGCGUCGUUGUGAAUUGAAUGUCUGUCCCGUUGGUAUAGCCACUCAGGACCCAGAACUUAGGAAGAAGUUCCAGGGUACCCCAGAGCAUGUCAUCAAUUUCUUCUACUACAUGGCUCAAGAGUUGAGACAAUACAUGGCUAAGUUGGGUUUCCGCACCAUCAACGAGAUGGUGGGUCACACCGAGGUGUUGAAGGUUAGAGACGACUUGAGGAACACUAAGAAUGCCAAUAUCGAUUUGCUGCCUAUCUUGACACCAGCACACACCAUCAGACCUGGUGUCGACACUUAUUGUGUGAGGAAGCAGGACCACAGAUUGCACGUCAGAAUCGACAAUAAAUUGAUUGACGAGUCUGAAGUCACCUUGGAGAAGGGCUUGCCAGUUACAAUUGACUGUAAUGUCGUCAACACUGACCGUUCCUUGGGUACUACUUUGUCGUAUAGAGUCUCCAAGAAGUUUGGUGAACAAGGUUUGCCUCAUGACACUAUCCACGUCAACGUCAAGGGUUCUGCUGGUCAAUCCUUUGGUGCCUUCCUUGCUCCAGGUAUCACCUUGGAGUUGGAAGGUGACGCCAAUGAUUACAUCGGUAAAGGUUUGUCCGGUGGUAGAAUAAUCGUCUACCCACCUGUGGGCUCCAAAUUUAAGGCCGAGGACCAGAUCAUUGCUGGUAACACUGCAUUCUUUGGUGCUACAUCCGGUACAGCUUUCAUUAGAGGUGUUGCCGCUGAGAGAUUUGCUGUUAGAAACUCUGGUGCUACCAUUGUUGCUGAAGGCACUGGUGAUCACGGGUGUGAGUACAUGUCUGGUGGCCGUGUUGUCAUCUUGGGUUCAACCGGUCGUAACUUUGCGGCUGGUAUGUGUGGCGGUAUUGCUUACGUUUUGGACAUGGCUCAGGACUUCAAUCAAAAGGUCAACGCCCAGACCGUGGAAUUGUCUAGUGUCACUGAGCCUUCUGAAAUUGCAUUCUUGAGGGGCUUGAUUGAAGAUCAUCGUCACUACACUGGCUCUGAGGUUGCUGCUCAGAUUUUGAAUGAUUUCAACAGAGUUUUGAGCAGGUUCGUCAAGGUCUUGCCUCAUGACUACAAAAAGGUUCUUGAAAAGGAGAAGCAAAAGAAGGAAGAAGCGAAGAAGAAGGAGUUGAACAACUUCUUGAAAAACAUCAAGGAGGACCCAGAGUGCGAUGCUACCAACGGUGAAGCUGCUAAGAUCAAGCAAGGCCAUAUUCACCGUGCUGGUGCUGUUGCGGCCAAGGCAGGGUCAAACGAGCCUAAGGUGUUGGAUCUUGAAGACACCAUCACCAACCCAGAGACCGAGAAGAAAGCAGUUCAACAACUUGACAAGCUCAGAGGUUUCAUGAAGUACAAGAGAAGAAACGAGAAAUACAGAGAUGCAAAGACCAGAACCAAGGACUGGAAUGAAAUGACCUCUAGACUCACCAAGGAGGAAUUGAAAUACGAAACUGCUAGAUGUAUGGACUGUGGUGUUCCAUUCUGUACCUCGGACACGGGUUGUCCUAUCUCCAACGUCAUCCCUAAGUGGAAUGAGUUGGUUUUCAAAGACAGAUGGUAUGACGCUUUGCAAAGAUUGAUGAUGACCAAUAACUUCCCAGAAUUUACUGGUAGAAUCUGUCCUGCUCCAUGUAACGGUGCCUGUGUUUUGGGUAUUAACGAGGACCCAGUUAACAUCAAGUCUGUGGAGUGUGCUAUCAUUGACCAUGCCUUCGAGCAAGGUUGGAUCAAGCCAACACCUCCAACUCACAGGACUGGUAUGACUGUCGCUAUUGUUGGAUCUGGUCCAGCUGGUUUGUCUGCUGCUGACCAAUUGAACAAGGCAGGCCACAAGGUGACUGUUUACGAGAGAGCUGACAGACCAGGAGGAUUGUUGAUGUACGGCAUUCCAAACAUGAAGUUGGACAAGCGUCUUGUCAAGAGAAGAACCGACUUGUUGGCUGCCGAGGGCAUCGAGUUCGUGUGCAACACUACUGUGGGCGACGAUAUCACUGUUGAGGAGUUGCAAUCCUCCAACGACGCUGUCAUUUUCGCUGUUGGCUCUACCAUCCCAAGAGACUUGAGCAUCCCAGGUCGUGACCUCAAGAACAUCGACUUUGCCAUGAAGUUAUUGCAUUCGAACACCAAGGCUCUUUUGGAGAACUCUUUGGAGAAAAUCAGAAAACAAAUCACCGGCAAGCAUGUCAUUGUCAUUGGUGGUGGUGACACUGGUAAUGAUUGUUUGGGAACUUCCACCAGACACGGUGCCAAGUCGGUCACCAACUUCGAAUUGUUGCCAACACCACCAGACGCCAGACCUAAGGACAACCCAUGGCCACAGUGGCCCCGUGUGUUCAGAGUGGACUACGGUCACAGCGAGGUGGCUGCUCACUACGGCAAGGACCCUAGAGAGUACUCCAUCUUGUCGAAGGAAUUUGUUGGAGACGACGAAGGUAACGUGAAGGGUAUCAAGACGGUUAGAGUUGAGUGGAAGCGCUCCGACUCUGGCGCCUGGCAGAUGGCUGAAGUUCCAGGCUCUGAGGAGUUUUUUGCUGCAGACAUUGUAUUGUUGUCGAUGGGAUUCUUGGGUCCCGAGACCGACAAGCUUCAAGUAAGCAAGACCAAGAGAGGCACUAUAUCCACCGCUGACCCAAGCGGCUACAAGGUCAGCGGUCAGGAGAAUUUGUUCGCUGCUGGUGAUUGCAGAAGGGGCCAGUCGUUGGUCGUCUGGGGUAUCCAGGAGGGCAGACAGUGUGCUCGUGAGGUUGACAACUACUUGAUGGGCUCCACCCGUUUGCCAGGUAACGGCUCAGUGGAGCAGAGAAACUUUAAAUUGUUGGAGGAAUUCGCCGAGAAGGUGUGA